UAAUUGACUCAGUCGCACGGUUAGCGUACAACAGCCAAGUCGGAUUUGGACUUGGAUUUGGAUUGGGAUUCGGAAUCGAAAUCUCAGACACUUAAUUUCCCCCAUUUGUCGAUUAUGCGAAACGGAAUUGCCUGUCUUUUGAUGCUCCUGGGCAUUUGUGGUGCAGCACGGGCGGAUCUCACCUAUCGCGGAAAUGCGGUUCACCCAGAUUAUCCUGGCCAGUGUUACUAUGAGGAACUCAACCAGGCUAUUCCCAAAAAGCAGUCCUACAAACCGAUCAAUCGCGAGGGCUAUUGCCAAUCGAUCUACUGCCGGCCCGACUAUGUCCUAGAGAUUGGCUACUGCGGUCGGCACAAUUUGGUGCCCACGGACAAGUGCAAGAUCGCCUCGGAUAUGAGACGCACCUUCCCCGACUGCUGUCCCAAACUGGUUUGCCAGGAGUCGGAGAGCAACUACAUCUAGGCUGGAUCUGGAUGCUGUAUUUAGCCCUUUAGUAUAAGCUUCAUUUGCCACGUGGCUUUUGGUGUUCAAUUUAUUGAAUAGCUCUUCAUUUAGUGACUGGAUUGGUUGGUCAACGAGUUCUCUUAAUAUUUGAUUUUAAAAUCUUCUGCGUCUAUUUUUAAGGCUUUUUUUAUGGGUUUUGUUUUUUUUUUUAAGAGAUAUG